AUGAAAGGUUUGGUGCAUGGCGCAGUCCGCCGACGAGCUGAGCGCAGCGAGUGUCGCAUAUCACAAAUGCGUACGUUGCGUCGAGGGGAGCGCAGACCGUAGCCGGUCCUGCAGAUCGAUCGACUGUUGCUGUGUGUGUGUAUGUGUACGCUGUUUCGUACAAAAGCGGUACGUCCAUGUGUGUGUCUGUUGGUCGCGUGCUCUCCAGUUUUGUCCCAGUAAUAGUGAAGAGCCAGGGGGAACGCAAGUUGUUAUUUAUGGCUACUGUUUGCAGAGUUUAUAAAACUCGACAGGUGGUGAUGGAGGUGAAACGCGUAUGAAAAAGGUAAAGAAUUCAAGGGAAGAAAAUAACGACAAUUCUUCCAUACUGUCAUUGCCUUGUCAUCUGGUGGUGUAGAAAUGUCAGGGAGACAGGGACUACAUAGGAUUUGCGACGCUUCCAGAACAAGUACACCGGAAAUCGGUGAAGCGAGGCUUCGACUUCACUCUCAUGGUUGUCGGCGAGUCCGGCCUCGGGAAGUCCACACUCGUCAACAGCUUGUUCCUCAGCGACUUGUACAAAGACCGGCGAAUACCGGAAGCCAUCGAUAGAGUUGAAAAGACAACAUGUAUAGAAAAGAAGACGAUGGACAUCGAGGAACGGGGAGUGAAGCUUCGCCUCACGGUUGUAGAUACGCCUGGUUUCGGUGACGCGAUAAACUGUGAGGAGAGCUGGAGGGCGUGCUGCUCAUACAUCGACGAACAGUUCCGCCAGUACUUCACGGACGAGAGCGGACUGAAUCGCAAGAACAUCCAGGACAACCGCGUCCACUGCUGCCUGUACUUCGUGCCUCCUUACGGCCAUGGGCUUCGCCAGAUCGACUUGGAAUUCAUGAGGCGCAUGCACCGGAAAGUGAAUAUAGUGCCUGUAGUAGCCAAAGCCGACACCCUCACGUCUGCCGAGAUAAAGCGUCUCAAGAACCGCAUCAUGGCUGAUAUCGAAGAUAAUAAAAUUCAGAUUUAUCAGUUUCCAGACUGUGACAGUGACGAGGACGAGGAAUUCAAGCAACAGGACCGGGAGCUGAAGGCCUGCGUUCCCUUCGCCGUGGUGGGCAGCAACACCGUCAUCGAGAUCGCAGGAAAUAAGGUGCGGGGGCGGCAGUACCCCUGGGGCGUCGUUGAAGUCGAAAACCCUAAGCAUAGCGACUUCAUCAAGUUAAGGACAAUGCUUAUCUCCACGCACAUGCAGGACCUGAAGGAUGUCACACAGGAUGUUCACUAUGAGAACUUCAGGGCGCAGUGUAUCUCCCAGAUUUCACAACAAGCAAUUCGUGAAAGAAGCAAAUUGAAGCGAGAUUCGGGGCCUCAGUUUGAAUCGAGCAUCACGGAUACAGACCGUUUACUGCUGCAGAAAGAUGAGGAAAUUCGCCGCAUGCAAGACAUGCUGACCCAGAUGCAAGAGAAGCUGAAAGCGAAAGGUCAUGGUCCGAUGUUCAAGCCCCAACUCAACAGCCCCAAGUCUGACGGCGACAAUAAGCGAGAUAGCAUUGUGAAUGUGUAGUGAUCUUAGGAAAUGAGAGUUGAGAUCAAGGUAAUUACGAAGGUAUAUUGCAACGAAGCUGCUUCAAGUUUCGAGACUAGCUAAAUAUUGUUUGUCUGUCAUUAUCUUGAAAAUGAAACGUGUGAAAAAUACCUUACUCAUAUCUUAUUCUUCGACACUGCAGGUGGAUACAGAGAGUCUAUCUAAAUGUUAAAGCAAUCGAAAGGAACAUCACACGAAUUAAAAACACUCACGUAACAUAACAUAUUUCUCUUAUUAAGGGCUACAAUUUUCGUAACAAAUAGUUUAUUAAUAUAGAGAAUAUAUAUAUAAGCCUAAAGUAUCUUUAGGCCUUCAUAUAAAAUGAAAUUAUCCUACAAGUUUUAAAUUUUGAGCCAAGAUAACAUUAGUUCUUAUGAAGAACUAUAGAACAGAAUUAAUUCGAAAUCUGUUCAUCUAGGGUGUAGUAUAAUAUCAUAUGCGUAGAUGGACGCCCAUGAGGAAAGUUUUACCCUGCCAGAUAACGAUUAAUUUUGAAUUAAGAAAUUUAUUAAUUAUACUUCAUUCAAGAUGCAUAUAGGCGAAGCCUGAUUGCCUGUUGUGCUGUUAAGAGUCAGAAAUCUCGUAAAACGUGCUGAUACUCAUGGACAGAGACAAGCAGUAUUUAAUAUGUAGGUUUUGAGGUUUUCGUGGUGGUGAGUUUGAAUAUGGCUGUCUUCUAUAUUAUACAGAUGCCUGUAAAUAGAUGUGUCUGAAUUGAGUUACGCAGAAAUUCUGAGGAAAUACAUUUACUACUUGCAAUUUUUUCUUUGUAAACACCACUGUAAGUGGAAAAACACUAUUUAAAUAUAUUUAGAAGAUAUUAAAUACGGGUUUCCUAAAUCUUUUUCUAAUAGAUAAUUUUCCAGGCUAAAUGUGUUUACGAAGUGCGGUGUGUUUCAUUUAAAGCCUAUCUGGACGUGGUGGUCAAAGAAAACAACCCUUCCGGGAAACGAAUGCUGGUUGCCUGCAGUCCGCAGCCUGUCAUUUUAUUGGCUAAGAUAUCCCGCCUCAACUUAUUCGAAUCUUAAAGUCGCUAUAUGAAUAAAAGGAGUGAGAAGUUAUGCCCCAGUUUCAAAUGUACAGUUUAUAAAUGUGUAAUUUGCAAUUUCGCAUCCCUCCUUAGUCUUUGAGUUCAUUUUUUGGAGAUAAAAAUACAAUACACAUAAUUUACAAAAAUUUGUUGUUAAAAAGACUAAUAAACAAUGGAAAUAGUGUGCUGAAUGUCAUUUUCACUUUGUGUUACUUUAUUAUGCGCUAUAUGAAAACGGUUCAAAUGAAAGAAGUAUAAUUUUCUUCACAUAUAUUUCUAUACACUUUACACCAUUUUUGAGAGUGUGCGCAUGCGGUCUGAAUAUCCGAAUUCAGGUACACACUAAUUUGCGUUUUCCUGUGUCUAUGAAUGUGUGCAAUGGGUAUUCUUUUACAUAAUAAAUGUUACCAAUGUUUUCACUGCCAUAUUAAAUACAUACAUGUCACUUGAUUUGAAAGCACAAACUUUUUCAAUACCGAGUCUUUAAGCUGUCAGCGUUUCUGAAUGUAUGAGACAUAUUUAAGCUUGCAAAAGUAUCAUGGCCUGGCAUAACAGCUCCAUCCGUGCAUGUAGUUUUACAUUGAUAUCUGGGCCGACAGAAUCUCGUAUUCAACGCUGGGGUAAAAUGGAAAAUGUGAUUUUAGAUUAUCAAUAAAUCCCCAGUUUGAUAGGCUGAUCGAAAAGUAAUAUCUGGAUCAAUUAACGAUUCUUAGGUUAUUUUACGAAUCUGUUUUAAUUUCAUGGGUAAUGCAACUUAGAAUGAGAGGGAAGUGAACAUUAAUGUUGAGUAUAGAAGGAGGUAAAUCGUGACUUUAUGAAUGCCAACAUUUUCCUGCGGGAAGUACGAAAACCCUCAGCCAGACGAGCUGACAGCCCCACCCAGAUUCGAACCGGUUGCAUCCUAAAUAGAACUCUACAUCUCGUAAGAAAAUUAAUUCACUAAAACUAAAGGGACAUAGGAAAAGAAGUAAAGAAGAAACAUGUAGUAAAUUAUAAUAUAACUUCCCGGAUAAAGCUUCACGAUUGCCGACUACAGAUCUUAAAAAGAAAAUCAUUGUAAUUUCUGCAAACGUAAAGAAAUUUUGAGAAUCUUACCUAUUAUAUCAGUAUAAUCAUUCCUUCAGGUUACGGUUCAAGGAGCUAACCUUACCGAAUCACACGAUUAGUUUGGCCAUUUUCUUUAGUAACAAUUUGUUUGCCCUCACCCUUAUUCACCAUUCAUAAUUAUUCCAUCAUAUCUCAUUCGGCGAGCAAGAUCUGAGCAGUCAGAUUGCGGGACAACGCGUUAUAGUGUCGGCAGCUUAUUGUUUCCAUCCUCACGUACUAUGUAGACAACAAGCAAUACAACAUGAUGAGUUGUCUUGUCAUCCGAUGAAUAAAACUAGAUUAAAUGCACAUAAUUUUAGUCACAAUGGCGACAAAGUCAUUUUAUUAUAGAGUCCAUCCAUCUGAAAGUCUAAUUGAGAUUUACAGGGUUACUAAAGCUUUGACAAACACUGAUAGUAUGCCAGUUGUGAGUUCUGAUUUUCACUUAACAGAAUUUAACUCUAAAAUUCAACAACUAUCAGCUUUUAUUAAUUUAUACGUGCUGUAUCACCUACAGAAUUUGUUUAGAGUCGAGUAAAAUAUGGGUAUAAUGAAUGGCGAAUUGGGAAGGAGUGAAAGUGAUCUACAUCGAUAUAUUAUCUCGAAACUCACUCUCAGUUGCUGAAGAGCAGCAUGAAGUAAUCACUAAUACUUCCCAGAUACAAGUCGGUCACGAUGAUGAGAGAAAUAACACUGCCUUCGCCUUAAAGAAAUUAUGUUACACUCAGUGGUGAAUAGGUGCAGAGAUUUUUAAGCACCUUGUGAUCAAUAUUCACGUACAGUACGUGAGAAAGCCUACACAUUUGUCUCUAAUGCAAUAAUGUUAGAAUGGUUCUAUUACCCAAUACAUCAGUGGUGAUGAACCCACUUUUAUUGCACGAGACCAACUUAAACAGCUCAAAGAUCUGCCAGUGUGGCAAACCACACGGUAACAAUAAAAUUAAUUGUUUACUGAAUAAAUUUAUACUGUUUUCAGUUAAGAAUAUUUGUAGUAACAUAAUAGAAUAACGCAUAUUCCUACUACUCUUACCUCUAAUUUUAUGGAUGGAAGAAAAUCGAUAGAAUUUCCUUGGAAUUGCUUCUUUGUCACCAACUUCUCAUUAUCUGCGUGUUUGUAAAUGUUAGUAUUUAUUGGGCACAGUGGGAAGUCUAUGGGUCGUUCAUUACGCACCAGACACUGACAACCACAGCAUAUAAACUCAAUAUUUUGUACGUUAUUGUAAUAAAUAAUUAUAACUGAAGUGACUGAAAGACUGUGAACUUAUACACUACAUGUUUCCUAAGGCCGAUAUUCCAAGCACACCGUGGCCAGUUCUGUCACAAUGUUUCAGUGGGUACUUAGAACUAUAAUAACAUUGAAGGGUAACCUAGAAGAAUGUCAUUUUCAUGUUUAACAUAAAAUUACUGAAAUUUUUCUUAAAGUUAAAUGAGUGUGUUUUAAAAGUACAUCCUCAGUCACAUGAUAGAAAAUUCCCAGCACACGCGUAAUUAUUUAUUGUAGUCGCGUUUGACUUGGUGUAUUCUGGAGUGUCCAUCUUGCAGGAUUUAAUACCUCCGUACUGCUGCAGUUAGGAGCAACUUAUGCGUCCCAUCGCGACCUUUCUAUCUUUCCCUUGACGCCCGUACGGGCUUCCUUUUUAACCUAUGGAACACCCAGAGUUAAGAAAACACUACAAAUUUUAUGGACUCUUCCUCUGAUGUGGCCACCCCCUAUAUAAAGUAAAAUUUGCGAAUGAGGGAAAAAGGCAGAAUUUCACCACAUUUUAGCUGAUAUGUUACCAAUAAAUUUCCCAUAAAAUCUCACAAUUAGUCAUCAGUUGCACCACGAUACUGAACUUAAUGAAAUUUCCCAUGUUCCCCCAAGUACGCCAAUAAAAAUUAUUAUCCUCCUUAAUUCGUAGCGGUUGUUCUGUUCAUACGGACGGUAGAAGUCUUUGGAUGUGAAUCGGGCCACUGCAUGGAAUCUACUUUCAUAGCAAAUAAUAAGCAACUUUGACAAACAUGCAAACUACAAGCGGGAUUCGAAUCUGAAACUUCAGACAGCACUAAAUCAAAUGAUGAAUAGCACGUGUGCCAUUAAUUCACAAAUUUUGUUGUACGACAUUCUGAAAUGUACCUAUAAUGUAGUUGACCUAUUGGCAUACUGUACGAUUAUUGUACUCGAAAUAUGUCUAUGAUAUCCGAAUAUUUCAUCAUAAUACCUGCAAAUGAUAGCAGUAUUCUCUUGUAGAUACACUCUACAGCAUCUGUUGCCCAAUAAGUAAAUUACUUUGACGACUUUUAUCCAGUGAUUUUUUUGUCACACAAAUGUAUAGGCAUCCAGCAGCCAUUAAAGUAUGCCAGUAGGUUGGCAGCUAGCCCUUCAAUUGCUAGGUUCUGGUGUUGUAGGGUACAGAUGGUUCAGUGUAUAUUCAUUAUCGAUUACGUAUCGUUUUUUUUCACAAAACGUGGCGAAUUCAGGUAAUGAAGCAUACUUUCACACAUUGUUUUAUGUAAUUGGAUGUAAUUUGUAUUUAUACUGAUAGACAAGGUUGUACAAUUUAAUUACACAAUGACUGAUGGAAUAAAUUACAAAUUUACUGUA